AUGGCCAUUCCAACGCAGCGGGCGUUCGUCCGGAGGUCCACACUACUGCCGGUCUUUCCUCUGGAGCUCUGGGAUAUCAUCAUUGAAUACCUACGUGAUGAAGAAUCUGCCCAACAUCUGAGCCGACUUGCUCAAUCGUGUCCCGCUCUUUAUAACAGAAUUGACACUAUCCUCUACAAUUGUGUACGCCUUUUUAAUUCAGAAAGCGGCGCUCGUCUUGCUCUCACGAUAGAAAAGCGUCCAGAGUUAGCACCCCUCAUUCAUGAGAUUCGACACAAGCAGGAUACUGGGUCAGAAUUUUGGUCUCACCGUCAUUUCAAAUUCUACAAGACGGCUGUGACUUUGCCGAAUCUGGAGAAAUUAAGUUUAAGAAGAAACCCGAGGCCCUUUGAUUCUACUCGGUGGGACAGUACACACGCCAGAGAUGACGCUAUGUUCCAAUGGGUGAGAAAGAUUAGCUCGGAAUCAGAAUCAGGGAGUGCCAAAGAGUACCGAGAGUUAGGAUAUGGGCCUUCGGGAGAAUCGUCGUUCAGUCCCCCGGAUCACGAGGUUAGUUGCUUGCGAGACAGCGAGGUUGAAACUUUGUUCUGCCACGCUUCUCUUCAGCACCCGCCAGGAUUACCCGCUCUGCGUGUUUGCCACAUCGGAAGCGACUAUGACCAUAAUGAGCACAAUCCUAAGAUGGACGGCAGAUGCCUACCAAUUUUCAAUGAAGCCCUCUUUUUUCAUCCAGGCUUACGAAAACUUUGUGUCACUGGCGCUGUUUUCCAAAUUACCCAGUCUAAUCUUCUCCCAACAAGAUUAUCUACAUCGCCCCUAGAGGAACUGACCCUUUUGAACUGCGUCAUAAGCCCAUUGGACCUCCAAAACGCGCUGGAAUAUCCAGAAGCCUUGAAGCGAUUCACCUUCAGAGGUCCUAGGUCACAGGAUAUGAUAGACCCCGAAGGAGAGCCUCUAAGUUACAUUCACUCCCUGCUCACACACGAGGGUUCCCUGGAAUACGUGGAUUACGAUCUUUACUGGGGCGGUGAUGAAGAGACAGACUUCGGUGAACUAGUCCGUCUCAAACAUCUCACAACAACCCUCGCCACACUUACAGGGAGAGAAUGCAUAGAACUAGAUCCCCUAGAUGAUAUUCUGCCGCCGAAUAUCGAGAGUCUUACGAUACGAUACGAUGAAACGAAGGCCUGGCUUCCUUCGGCUAUCUACGAGAUGGCGAAAGACGGAAAACUUCCAAAGAUGCGUCGCUUUACCUGCGAGGUACCGGACAUCAUGGAACACCUUCCAUCAAUCAAUGAAAGCAAGUUCAAUCCCUCCGCUACCGAAAUAUGCCAGGAGGGCAACACCUGGAAAAACAAGUUUGCGGAGCUGAAUGUGGAGAUGUCCAUGAUCUCAGUUCCUUAUCCGGUUGAUCUGCCCAAAUACGACGUGUGUUCAUGCGAAUGCCUGUCCUUUUACCACCGUAUGUUCUACCAUCCGUACAAACAACUAGCACUUCCUUGGGAGGAAAAUGAUUUGGGAGAGGAGGACGUGUUCUUUGAUGACUGGGCCGACAUUGAUGAUGAAAUGGAACUCGAUGAUCUUAUGGAUGAUCUUGCGGAGGAAUCUGGGUCUGACGCCUCGGCUUGA